AUGGUUACUCGAAGCAGGCGAAAAGAAGUUCCGCAGGGCCACACCAGACCCACAAGGCAGAAAGGAACAACUGAUUGGCAUUUUGAAACCUCGGUGCUCACGAGGUUUUUUACUCUUGCCAAGAUUACAAACUCGGGAAUUCCUUUCCGUUCCGUAGAGGCCAAGUUCCAACGGAUGGCCGCGGUGACGGUAGAAUGCACUUGUCCCCAGGGGGCUCUUAAACUCUGUUUCUUCUUGUGCUCUUUCUCUCGUUGCUGA